AUGUCAGGUGCCAAUGAUCGUAGUGAGGUCAUUCAAAUCAAAGAAGAGACGACCAACUUGCUUUUGAGUGCAGGCUUUCACCUUCGCAAAUGGGCAUCUAAUGAUCCCACCAUCAUAGCAAACGUUCCGGAAGAAGACAAGGAAUCAUUCAUUGUUCUAGGAGACAGUGAAGUCAUCAAAGCUCUUGGAAUGGGAUGGGAUCCAAAGGAAGACACUUUUCGUUUCAGCUACAUCGAGUCUCCAAAUCACAAAUCUAACAAGCGUAGUAUUUUGUCGCAAAUUUCACAGUUCUAUGAUCCACUUGGCCUUAUGAAUCCCUUCAUCGUGAAAGCAAAGAUCUUCAUGCAAACACUUUGGAAGCUCAAACUACAUUGGGAUGAGAGUCUCCCAGAAGAUCUUCACACUCAAUGGUUGGAAUAUCGGAAUCACCUCAUUGACAUAAAUCAAAUAAAAAUCCCUCGGUAUGUAUCAACUUGCAAUAUAAACACACAAAUUCAUGGCUUUUCAGAUGCUAGUACCAAGGCCUAUGGAGCUUGCGUGUACCUCAGAACAAUAGACGAAGAUGGAGUUGUAUCGUCGAACUUGGUUUGUGCAAAAUCAAGAGUGGCACCGAUUGCAGAGACAACAAUUCCCAGACUCGAACUUUGUGCAGCACUGCUGCUGGUGGAACUUCUGGACAGAGUCAUAAGCAUUCUUGGACAGCAAAUACAGACCUACUGCUGGACUGAUUCAACGAUCGUUCUAGCUUGGCUAGCAUCUGAACCAUGUCGAUGGACCACCUUCGUGAGCAAUCGAGUCGCAAAAAUUCCAAAUUUUCCACACUUCACAUGGAAUUACAUUCCAACUUCGGACAAUCCUGCGGAUCUGGUUUCUCGAGGAGUGUUCCCACACGAACUCAUUGGCAACAAAUUUUGGUUUCAGGGUCCUAACCUUUUGCGACUAUCCGAACAAGAUUGGCCCAAACUUCACAACAAACCCGAGGAAGAAGAGAUUACUGAACAGCGGAAACAAAAUAUAGUUCUUGUUGCACAUCGCACCUUUGACAUCAUUUUAAAUUGCAAAUAUUAUAACAAUUUUUCCAAAUUAAUUCGUAUAUUUUGUUAUGUUCGCAGGCACAUUAACAACCGUGUCUUCAAAAAAACCAAGCCCAAAAUUAGUGGACCCAUAACAGCAUUAGAAUUUGACGAAACUCUCAGGUGCCUACUCUGCACGAUUCAACACAACACUUUCGCCGAGGAAAUCAAUAACCUUAAAAAAGGAAAGCCUCUUAAAUCAAGUAUACAACAACUUUCACCAUUCAUCAAAAAUGGACUUGUCCGAGUUGGAGGACGAAUAUCAAACUCAACACUACCAUAUGAUGCAAUGCACCCAAUUUUGCUGCCAAAAUCGCAUCCAUUCAUUUACACCCUCAUUCGUCAUCAUCACUAUAUCAACAAACAUGCUGGGCCUCAAACAUUGCAUAAUAUCUUGAGACAAAGAUUUUGGAUUUUGGAUGUAAAAAGCACCGUACGAGGAGUAGUUCACCGAUGUUACAUGUGCUAUCGCAAUAAGCCUGUUCUAGCGCAACAAAUAAUGGGCAACCUCCCGUGUGAAAGAGUAACACCUUCUCGACCCUUUAGCAUAACAGGACUUGAUUACUGUGGACCACUAUAUGUUUCGCAUCGCAUUCGAGGACGUGCACCCUACAAAACCUAUUUGGCAAUUUUCGUGUGCUUCAGUACUAAGGCCGUCCAUUUGGAAUUAGUAUCUGACCUUUCAACAUCUUCGUUCAUUUUGGCACUCAAGCGGUUUAUUGCGCGCAGGGGUAAGUGCAUGAAGAUAUAUUCAGACAAUGCUACUAAUUUUACAGGAGCACAUCGGGAACUUAGAGAGUUGCAUACAUUGUUCAUGUCCGAGCAGCACAACGAAAUCAUUCGUCAAGAGUGUCUUCAAGAUGGAAUUGAAUGGAGUUUUAUUCCACCACGCUCCCCCAACUUUGGAGGCCUCUGGGAGGCAGCUGUGAAGGUCGCCAAGCACCAUCUUCGACGAAUUAUUGGUCAAGCGGUGCUGUCAUUUGAAGAGAUGACAACAGUUUGCUGCCAAAUUGAGGCAGUUAUGAACAGCAGGCCUCUCACUCCAAUGUCCAGUAAUCCUAACGACUUGACAGCCCUCACACCAGGACAUUUUCUAGUUGGGUCACCACUUACCAGUAUUGCAGAACCUUGCAUUGAAGCUUGCAACAUUAGCAACCUGAAACGAUACCAAUUUCUUCAAUGGAUCCAACAAAACUUCUGGCGACGAUGGUCACAUGACUACCUUCAACAACUUCAACUUCGAAAACAAUGGAAUUCUGCACAACCUAACAUUCACAUUAACGAGCUAGUUCUUUUAAAGGAAGAUAACACACCACCUCUCAAAUGGCCAAUGGGACGAAUCGUUGAAAUCUACACAGGAGACGAUGGGAACAUACGUGUGGCUAACGUCAAAACAGCCACAGGUAUCUAUAAACGUGCGAUAUCCAAAUUGUGUCCAAUACCAAUCGAACUCGAUCCUGAAAAUACAAGCAAAGGUACAUAA